ACUGCUGUUGUGUUCAAUGUGAUUAUUGUGAUUUGUAUGGUGGAGAUAAUAAGUACAUUGGAUGUGUUUUUUUGUACUUUUCAUUUAAAGUAAUGAUUAUGAUGAGACACUUUCAUGUACAUUUGGCAUUUCAAAGUUGCCUAGCUGAGACGUUUUAUCAGGCGUAUCCUCUUUGAUACAACAGAACAACAGUGAUCUCUAGUGGUCAAGUUUAAGAAGCGCAGGAACUUGGUAUAAUAUUUUCAGCACUUUUUUUAUUACAGUAAAUUCAAGCUGUAAACACUUUGGUUUGAUAAAAAAUUCAACAUUUGUUACCUAAUUUGAAACCCUGGAAUCCUUAGAGAUAUAAAAUGUUGGCUUCUCUUUUCAAUUUAUGUUUCUGGAACAGCCAAUUCUUCAACAUGUUCCAUUAUUCAAUUUGUAAAUAUGGCUGUUAUGGUUAACAGAACCACCAGGUUGGUCUUUUAAAACAGUCAGCUAACACCACAAAAUAGCCAACAGUCUACAUUAUUAUCAUACUUUAAUAAUUAUUGUUUGUAUUGCACAUUAUGUUAUUCUUAUCUGAGGCAAGUGGCUUUUGCAGUAUUUGCUACACAUUUUUUUUUACUAUAAUAUUGUGCAAAGGUCACUGAAAAUAAAAUGUAAACUCUCUUACUAAAGGAAAAAUUUAUUGAUGAUGGGUGCAGAAGUCCUGGAUGGACUGUCACUGAUGUGUUAUCAGAUGUAUUUAAAAAAAAAAAAAAGUCUUUUUGUGAUAUUUUGCCUGCUCUGAACACAGUGUGAUCCAAUGUCACAAAACAUGAUCUAUAAAACGUGAUUUUUUUAAAAACUUUUCUUUUUAUUGUUUUGAAUGUAAACUACAAAAAUGUUGAAUAUUUUUUGCCAAGUAUGUCAAUGAUACAUUUAUUUUAAAACAGUAAUAAAAAACAAAGAUUUAUGAAAAUGUAUCUGGUCUUAACUCUCCAGAAAUUUAUUUAAAAUUUUAAAUUUAAUUUUAAUCAAUUUAAUUUCAAAUGCAUCACAUUAAAUAUUACUUGUAUUUUUUAGUAGUUUUUUCUUUUCUUUUUUUCUUUUUAAGAAAAAUUCCCGGAUUAUUUUUUGUAGUUAUGAGAUUUGUUAAUGUUUGGAAAAAAUGUUGAUCUACAAAUUUUAAUUCAUUCUGGUGCAUAUUUUGCAUUAGACUAUUUUAAAAUUGUUUCAGACACUAUCAGUUUUGGUUGAAAAAAAAAAAGAUUUUUACUUUUUGGAGAGCAAAAACAGAUUGAAAUUUGCUCUUUCAAUAAGCUUUAAAAGUUUUUUUUUAGCUUUGUCUUAUAUUCAGUGUUUAACUCUUUCGUGCAUGGGGGUUACUACAAUGUACAGCUUAAAUAGCAAAUAUGUGAUAUAUACUAGAAUAUAAUAAGCAAAGAGAAAACGCUCAGUUCCGAAAUAACAGUUCAGAUUUGGUGUUAAGCUAGAUCGUAUGAAGACUGAUGCUGCUACUUUUGUCACACUAUUCUUAGUUCAGAGACAUCGUCUCUAACCAUGUAUGAAUCAAGCUGUAGAGACAAAGAAACCACCAUUACACCAUGAAACCAUAUCUUAAAUGAUUUACAAUUAUUCCUACAAAUUACCAUGAAAUAACAUUGAUGCUUCUUACUGUAAAAAAUUCAUAAAGUACCUCUGAGUGGACAGGUAAACAUAUCUUUGUAGAAUUCAAAGAUAUCACAUUUUUUUCUAAACAGCUCCAUUUUGUAUCCCUAAAGAUGAAUAAAAACGUAGCUAAAAAAAUCCUACCUGUUUUUAUCAUAAUUCAUGCAUUAGAGGGUUUCUUUCAGUCUGUAACAAAGUUUUUUUUGUGUGUAUUAAACAAGAUCUGUCUCACUUAACUCUAUAAUAUUUUGAUUAUUUGUGCUUUUUUUCAUGUGAUUCUGCAGUCACUUCUGUGUCAUGCUGAGAAUCCCCAGCUGAAGCUCCUUGACCAAUUAGAAAGGACUUAAGUCACACCAGCAGUUUAGAAUGUUGAGCUUAAGUUCUGUUUCAUAAGAUAUUCAAUUUAUUGUUCACCACAACUCCUGUUGCAAAAGACAAACAAAUAAACAGGCAUCCGCUCUUAGUUUUUUUAAUAUUUCCUUGUUCCCGUGAUGAGGUCUGAUGAAGUUGGAGAGGGGAGUCUUGCAGAACUAAAAAGAAGAUGAACAUGUGAUGAGGGAAAUACCAACUUCAUGUGACCCAUGGCUAAGGAGCUGCUCGCAGGAGAAGACAAACACCCGUUUGUGUUGUUUUCCACAGUCAGUCUAGAUUCAGUGAGAAGAAUCCAGACGUCAGGUUCUCACCCUUCCUGCUAAAGACAGACUGGACAUCAUGCACACUAUUAAAACAGUUGAGACACAGGUUCCCUUUCUCAAAGAAAGCUUCUUCACCACUACCUUCAAAGGAAGGAGGAAGAGCAGUGUUACCCACAUCCUCCACAAACAGCAGCACUCACUUAUCAAUCAGCAGCACUGCAUUUUAGAACACCAACAGCACAGUCCUAAGUGGUUUCAACCCAGUCCAGCUGAAAAUGAAGAGGGAACAAAAACCCCUGAACACCAGCGCCUGGCUCGCUCCAUCAGCAGUCCGUUAUGCAAGACACCCGAGCUUGCACGAGCAGAUGGGGAUAAAAAGGAGGGGCAAAAAGAGAGGAAGGAUCAGAGAGAGCGCGAGACCGUGCGUGGGAGGGGGGGUGAGCCUGCUGCUGUCAGUGCCAGUCUCGUCCUCCUUUCAUCAUCAGCAGUGCUGGGGGAGCCUGCAUCAUCCUCACAGUUGCCAUUAACUGCGGUGAGCCGGCAGCAGGGAUUAGCCAUCAGUGGGAGAGCUCUGACCAACCAAGAGGCAUUAGUAGCAGCCCAGGAGGAGACCCAGCAGGCUCUACCCCGCUACCAACAGCAUGGCCUCCUAGCAAAGGGUGUUCGACUGCUCAGGAACAUGGGGAACCAGGAUACCAAGCACAAAAAAGGAGCAGGAAGUGGCGGAACAGCAGGGGAUGUCUCCUGUGGCGGUGAGGCUGAUGAGAGAGAGCUGGACAAACAAUUUAAAAAGUCCCAAAGUAAGCUAAGCAAAGCAGGAGCGGAACCCAGUGGGAAAAAGAAACCAAAAUCUGAGUCAAAGGGUUCUGUUUUUUCUGGCAUGAAGAUCAGGAAGAGUCUAUCCAGGGUAAAAGUACCCACUAAGGAUGACAUGAUGGAAGACAAGGGAUCGGCACAAGUGGGCAAGAUGGAGGUCAAGUCUGGAGCGGAAUCGAGCUUUUUGGCAGAUGAGACGUUUAUGCUUUCUGACGAAGGGGAUGUAAGCCCGUUAAAUGAAGACAAUCGAGAGUCUGUGGAGGGAUUUGGCCGGAAGAUAAGCUCAGAGUCAGACGCUGACCUGUACAGUUUUCACUCAGCAGCAGCAGAAACUGAGGACCUGCUCUCUGACAUUCAGCAGGCCAUUCAAAACCAGUGUGAGGCCAAUGGGAGGGGAACAGGAACACUGCCCAGAGCUUUAAAUGAUAGCCUGGCCUCUGAAAUGGGUAAAGUUCCUGACACAAAACCUCCUCAGCUCUUUAAUCUAGACAAGAGAGGAUUCUCCUUCCCAGCUAGCAGUGAAAGUUUAGAUCAACUGUUGCAGGAUAAAAAAGAUGAGAAUGAAAGUGACAUACCCACAUCAAGACAUUCAUCUGGUGAGAGCAGUCUUCUGUCUUCAGCUUUGAACACAGAGAGAAGCAGCGACAGCCUUUUUCCAAAGACUAACAGCACUUACAGCUUCCAAGACACUACUGUCACCACCUCAUAUGAGAGUGCUGAGGAGCCCCAAGAUGACCUGGAAAGUCCUGCAGAAAAACCACAGCGUUGUCACGGCAAUCCAACCUCACAGAGCAAAAGCGUAUGUGUGCCUUCUGUCCAUUUAGACCCAGCUUUUUCAGGAACAGCCCCAAUUGGGACACACAAGAGUCUAAGCAGCAUGGACCUUUCUGUUGAUCGGGAUGAAGGGGACAGCGGGAAACGAGACUUCCUAUCCCUCACAAGGAGAAAAAGUAGCAUGUCUAUAAGCCACCUGAUGCCAGAUAGCCCUCCUGUUUCUGAGUUGAGACGAACAUCUGCAACUUCCUCUUCAACUGUCAAACUCUACCCCCCAGUCCACCCCUCAUAUGUUAAGACGACAACCAGACAGCUCACCUCUCCCAUUGGUUCCCCCAUCACCAGUCCCAAUGUGCCAAGGAAAGCGAAUGCCACCGCUGCUUUGAGUUCCAGCAAAGCUGAGGGGUUGGCAAAGCGAAAACAGCGUUCAUGCUCCAUUGAUGGCCCCCACAGCAUCUUUGCUGACUGGUCUACAGAAGCCGAUGACCUGGCAGGACAUCAGCCUGAUGUGUCUAAAGCCCCAGAGUCCCAGAAGAGUCCCACAGGUGGAAGUUACUGGACACUAGGCUCCAAGAGAGCACAGUACGGGAGGAAGACCUCCACUUCAUCUACACCCUACCUGGAUGUGUUUUCAGGUCGCACGCUGUUGGACAGACUUUGUUUGCAUCAUGGAGGCGAAUCUGUGGAGACUGAAGCAAAGGAACUAUGUCAGCGAAUGAUUGCUCAUGGCCUGUUGAACCCCUUUAGCGACAGCACAACCGAGCACCACAGUGACGGCACUGUCUCAGUUAUCUUCAAUGAGGAGCAGCUGUACACCUGGGCCUCUGUGGGCCUCCCAGUGUCCUCUCACCUGUGGGAUCUCUAUGGGGGACGAACCUCAGGCCGCAUACAAAGUUUAAGAUCUUCUUUGCAUCGAUCUACAGCUAAGUCACCCAGUGCAGGACACUUUCAGACAGAAUCAAGCUGGUUGAAGGCGGCGCAGUCAUCCUCCGAGGAUGAAAAUGGCCUCAUCCCUCAGCUGGAACGGACAGUUGAUGAUCUGAGGAUUGAGGUUGCUCUGCUGCAGGGACAACAGGCAUCCUCAGAAAAGAACAAUGGUGAAAAUAUGGGAACUCUGGGGAAUGGACUCCAAAAGGCAGCCCACAUGAGGGUGGCGCGACAGGAGAAGAGGAGCCAGGAGGUCGCUGUUCAGACCCAGCCUGUAGAGGAGGGGUUGAGGUUGGAUGUUCCUUUGAGUGGAGGGUCAACCUCUGCUUCAUCUUCCGUUUCCAAUUCUGCCAAUGCCUUUGUGUGCACGUGCCAGCAGAGGCAGCAGAGUGCCACCCAGUCUAGCCCUCCCCCACCUCCACCACCACCACCUCCACCGUCAGGUUUUGGACCCCCUCCACCUCCACCUCUUCCUGGUGUUGCACCCCCUCCACCUCUUCCUGGUUUUGGACCUCCUCCACCUCCCCCACUUCCUGGUGUUGCACCCCCUCCACCUCCACCACUUCCUGGUUUUGGACCACCACCCCCACCUCCUCCCCCGCCAGGACAGGGCCCACCACCUCCUCCCCCUCCACCUGGAAUAGGCCCCCCUCCCCCAGCUCCAGGCUUUGGCCCUCCACCGCCACCAGGCCCCAUGCCGAUGCCCCAGGAAGCAGCCCCUGCCAAGGCAGUGAUAGAGCCCCCCAAGCCAAUGAAGCCACUUUACUGGACCCGCAUACAACUGCAUGCGAAAAAAAACACUGGCCCACUGGUUUGGGAGGAAAUUGAGGAACCAUCUGUAGACUUUGGAGAAUUUGUGGAGCUCUUCUCCAAAACUGCUAUUAAGGAGAAGAAGAAGCCUAUUUCUGAUACAAUCACCAAGUCAAAAGCCAAACAGGUGGUGAAGCUGUUGAGCAACAAGCGUUCACAAGCUGUCGGCAUCCUGAUGUCCAGCAUUCACCUCGACAUGAAGGACAUCCAGAAUGCCGUGCUAAAUAUGGACAACACCAUAGUUGAUUUGGAGACUCUGCAAGCUCUUUAUGAGAAUAGAGCUCAAAACGAUGAGAUGGAGGGCAUCAGAAAGCACAUUAAAUCAGCCCAAGACAAAGAGGACGCCAAGCCAUUGGACAAGCCUGAACAGUUUCUUUUUCAAUUAUCACAAAUUUCCAAUUUCUCUGAGCGGGUGUUCUGCAUCCUUUUUCAAUCAACAUUCCAAGAGUGCAUCACUUCAAUCCUGCGCAAGAUGGAGGUCCUGCAAAAAGUGUGCACGAGUAUUCAAAGCAAUAAGAGUGUCAUGCGGAUAUUGGGCCUGGUGCUGGCUUUUGGAAACUAUAUGAAUGGAGGUAAUCGUUCCCGAGGACAAGCCGACGGCUUCACCUUAGACAUUCUGCCUAAACUUAAGGAUGUUAAAAGCAGCGAUAAUUGCCAGAGUCUCUUGUCCUACAUUGUUGCUUACUAUCUAAGGCACUUUGAUGAGGAUGCUGGCAAGGAGACAUGUGUCUACCCUCUGCCUGAGCCCCAGGACCUUUUCCAGGCCUCUCAGAUGAAGUUCGAGGACUUUCAAAGAGAUCUCCGAAAGCUGAGGAAAGACCUAAACGCAUGUUUAGCUGAAACUGAGAAAGUUUGCAAGCUGUCCUCCGAAGAGAACCUGCAUCCUUUCAAGGAAAAGAUGGAUGAGUUUCUCAAUCAAGCUAAAACUGAUCUGGAAAUGCAGGAGAAGCAGCUGACAGAGACUCAGAAUACCUUCCUGGAGCUGACUGUGUCCUUCUCAGUUAAACCGAAGGCAGGAGAGAAAGAAGUCUCCCCCAACACAUUCUUCUCCAUUUGGCACGAAUUUUCUUCGGAUUUUAAGGAGCAGUGGAAGAAGCAGAACAAAAUCAUGUUAAAGGAAAGAGUGAAAAUGGCAGAGGAAAGCUUCAAGCAGGCCAGACAGAAGAUUUCCUACAAUGUGACAACCAAAAAUGCCACUGGGAUAAAAGCAAAACUGGGUAAGAAGAUGUGAAGCAGAGAAUGGAAAAGAAUCAUCAGCAAGACUGUUGCCCAAACACAAUCUGACACAACUCAUCAGUCCUUUUUAAGAUUUAUUUAGCUUUACUAUUUAUUUACUCGUGUCUUGUCAGCUUUUUUGAAGUGGAUGCUGUUUAGAAGCUAAAUGAAGCAUUUUGCUCUCAACCGUGUCUAGAAAGUGCAGACAUUUUAAAUGGAAAACUACAACAAAGCCAAGCUCCAAUGUAACAUUUAAGCCAUAAGGUAAUGGUUGUAGCACAGAUUGUAGCACAAUAUAUAACUUUUAUUGCUAUUCUAACAUUUACAUAUGUAUUUUUUUUAUAUUGUUGGCAGGCAACUGCAAAAAUCUCCUUUAUGUAUUUUAUGAAAUUGCAAAGCUUUGUCACAUUUCUAUAAUAUAUUGAUUUUAUACGAGCCAUUUGUUAGAUAGGAAGUGCCUUAUUGUGCAGUGGAGAAGAAAAUUGGGAGCUGCAGAACAGGGGUUAUUUGGAUAUUGUAUGCAAUUAGUGGGUUUAAAAAAACCUUUACGCAAACUAAAAAGGACCAAGUUAAAUUUUUUUGGUGAUUAAUAAGUAUGUGAAUUAACCUAGUAACAGUUUGACUGUUUAAACAAGCCUUCUUGUAUGAGCUUAAAAAAAAAUCAUUUUCAGGUUGUGUUGGACAAAAGGAUUUCUUGUGUUUUUAUGCAUUAAUUUGUUGACGUGCUUUAUUUUUAACCUGAAAUCCUAUGCAAGUAGUGCUUUCUCCUGUGUCAGUUCCCAAAAAACUUAAGACCUCGAGGAUUCUAUGUGCAUACCAACUGUGUUACAGGUGAAGACUCAUUUAACAGUAAAAUAUAUAUAUAUAUAUAUAUAUAUAUAUA